AUGGAGAUCAUGUACGCGUAUAGCAAGAAGCGCGGCAACUUCGGCCGCCAGCCUCAGUUCUGCGAGCAGGGCCCCGAGCUGUGCGACAGCGUGGCCGCCGCGCCGCGCGAGCAGCGCCACUACGCGCUGCGCAACCCCGUGCACCGGCCCGCGCAGCACGCGCCGCGCUACUCCGAGCACUUCGCCAACACCGUCAGAGCGGAGUAUUCGACGACCGGCGCCAACCACUCGGAGGGAGGAUGGCCGAGAGACGUCAACCUGUUGGACCCUGAGGCGACUCAGAGGUAUCGCAGGAAGGUCGAGAAGGACGACCCUUACAUCCACUGCGUCAUGUCGAUGUCCCCGGGGAUGGACCACUACAUCAUGCAGAACAACGCGAUCGACAUGUACCGCGCGUACUACGCCGAGAUGCCCGCGCUGCCGCCCGUGGAGCGGAACAGCUGCCGCACCGUGAACGUGUUCCGCGACGCGGCGGGCGCGGCCGGCCGGCCCGUGCGCUCGCUCAGCUGGCAGCCCGAGGGCGGCCCCCUGCUGGCCGUGGCCCACGCGGCCGCGGAGCCGGCGCCGCGCGCGCCGCUGGCGUCGUUCCUGUGGGACGUGGAGCGCGCCAGCCAGCCCGUGCUGGCGCUGGAGGCCGGCGCGCCGCUGCUGGCCCUGCAGUUCAACCCGCGCGACGGCCACGUGCUGGCGGGCGGGCUGGCGGACGGGCGCGUGGGCGCGUGGGACCGGCGGCGCGGCGGCGCGGCGGCGCUGACGUGCCCGGCGCACGCGGCGCACCGCGAGCUCGUGCGCAGCGUGCUGUUCGUCAACUCCAAGUCGGGUCAGGAGUUCUUCUCGGGCGGGCCCGACGGGGCCUGCAAGUGGUGGGACCUGCGCAACCUGAGCGAGCCCACCGACGAGAUGAUCAUGGACGUCAUCAAGUCGUCCUUCGACGUGCAGAGCAUGGCCAACGCCAAUGGCAUCAGCGUCAUGGAGUACGAGCCGACGAUUCCCAGUCGCUUUAUGGUCGGCACCGAAAACGGUCUAGUCAUCGGAGGGAACCGCAAAGGCAAGACACCGAUGGAGAAGUUGCCACUCAAGUUCGAUGCGCACCGCGGGCCCGUGUGGUCGCUAGAGCGCAACCCCGGCUUCCUGAAGAACUUCCUGACGGUGGGCGACUGGACCAUCCGCGUUUUCAGCGAAGACUGCCGCGAGUCCGCCGUGCUGUGGUCGCCGCCGCUGCGCCACAAGGUGUCGGCGGCCACGUGGAGCCCCACCAGGCUGUCGCUGAUGCUGGUGCUGCAGAGCGACGGGCGCCUGGCGGCCUGGGACCUGCUGCGGCGCCAGCACGCGCCCGCGCUCAGCGUUCAGCUGUGCGCCGAGCCUCUGCUGCGCGUCCGGAUGCACGACGGCGGCGCGCUGGCGGCGUGCGGCAGCAGCGCGGGCCGCGUGUUCCUGGUGGAGCUGGCGGCGGGCCUGGCGCAGUCCGACAAGAACGACAAGGCGCUGCUCACCGCGGUGCUGGAGCGCGAGAGCAAGCGGGAGCGCAUCCUGGAGGCGCGCAUGCGCGAGAUCCGGCUCAAGCAGCGCCAGGCGGAGGAGGGCAGCCUGGCCGCGUCCGCCGCCUCCGCCGACUGCGCGGCCGCCGACCGCGACCUCGCCGACGCCUCCGCCGACUACGCGGCGCAGGUCCGGAAGGAGCUGGGCGCCACGGCGUAG